CACAUGUAACCAAUCUCCACUCAUUCAUGACCCUGAGUCGGUUCAAUACAAGACUCCGCCAGGGGUUAAGGGUUGAUCUUGCGAGAUAUUCAUCCCAAACGUUAUUCUUAGCAUCUUGCUCCUCGCUUCGUUGUUUGAGAGCUCGCUACAUCACGAGGCUGCAGGUGAGCUUCCCAACAUUGCUCUGAUUGUGCCUUCUGCUGUCAACUAUCAAGGGAAGGGCAUUAAAUUGCUGUCUGCUGCAUCGUUUGAGAAAUCUCGAGAAUCGAAUGGCUCCCACAUUCCGCCAUCUCAGAGAUCCAGGCCCUUCAGGGCUGCACAGGCAAGGGCCUAAUUGUGGGAUAGUGUCGGUUCCUGCGGCUAAAUGCCGGGCAGGGGCCGGUAUUAAUCAAUCUACUAUGUAUUUUCGACCUCGGCCAAGCCGGGCAUCGAUUUUAUCCACCCGCAACCCGGGAGCUGGCUCUCGGCGAGGGACGCUCGCGCGACCUUGGCAUCAGGUACCCCAGGUCGUUGCGCCCGCAGCUCCUGAAACGGGGCGGGCGACGAUUGCCUCCGCUCCUUUUCCCCGGGCUACAACUUCAUUUCCCCCACUUGACGCGGAGAAUUACUUAGAUGAAGAUGAAGAUGGAGAGGGGGGUUGGUUCCGGGCUCCUCUUUGCCCUCGAUGUACAAGGAUAGUUGUCAACAGGCGAGGGCUCCUUUGGAGGAUAUAUAUAUAUCGGGAGGGACCUAAGGGGAUCGACGGGACGUUCACACCAAAGCUUGCGUGCGUCGGUCUUGUUCAGCCCUUCCAAGCAUACUCGGGUCCACCACCCACAAAGUCAAGUCGGAGUCGGCCACAUAGCCACCACGACAGCACCAUGCUCGCCGAGACUGUCCUCGCCGGCCUUGCGCUAGCCUCCAGCGCCAUCGCCGCGCCGGCACCGAACCCGAUCGAGUUUGUAAAGCGGGCCCCAACCCCCGGCGUGGUCAUCCAGAAGUGCAGCACCCCCGGAGUGCUCGCCCUUGCCUACGACGACGGCCCGUACCAGUACACGUCGCGGCUGGUGGACAUCCUCGACGCCGCCGGCGCCAAGGCCACCUUCUUCUGGACCGGGACGCUCUACGGCUGCAUCUACAACCAGGCUAACGCGGUCAAGAAGGCCUUUGCCUCGGGCCACCAGAUCGCCUCUCACACAUGGACCCACCCCCACUGGGCCAGCUUGGGCGAGGCGCAGAUCCGGCAGGAGAUCACCAAGCUCGAGGACGCCUUCGUCAACCUGAUCGGCAAGAAGCCGGCGUACGUGCGCCCGCCCUAUCUCGAGACGGGCGGCCAGGUCCUGCCGGUGCUGAGGUCGUUGGGCUACAAGGUCAUCACCAACGACAUCGACACGGGCGACUGGAACCACUAUUCGCCCCAGCAGAGCGAGCAGGCCUUCCUGCAGGCCGGCGCCGGCGGCAACGGGCACAUCCCCCUCAUGCACGAGACCUACGACUCCACCGUCAACGUUCUCACCCCCUGGCUGAUCAACUGGGCCAAGCAGAACAACCUGAAGCUCGUCACUGUCGCCGAGUGCUUGGGCGACCCCGACGGCGCGUACCAGGCCGGUAACUUUGAGCCUAAUGGCCAGAACAGCUGCUAUUAGACGGGUGAUGCGUCCAAAGAAUCAGUCCUGUGCCGAUCCGGGAAUUCGUGGGCCACAGGAACGGUUCCCUGCCAGUCCUGGUGCAUACUUGAUAAGCAUAGCAGCUCCGAAUUACAUAUCAAUCAAGCAACAUUUAUUCAAGCUCCAAUAUCCC